CUCGGCAUAGACAGAGAAGGAGAGAGGAGCGCACAUGCAGGAUCCCUCCGACUGACUGCUCCGCUCUCCAGCCCUCUCUCCAGCCCUCUCUCCAGCCCGCUCUCAGCCCUCUCUCCAGGUGGCUCUCCAGGUGGCUCUCCCUGGCCAGGACUGAGGAAGAGAAGGAAUAAGAGAAAUACUGCAGUAACCAUCCAGCUGCUCUGUCUCUCUCUCUCCUUCCCUCGGUUUACCCCAUGCCAACUAUAUCAUGAACCUGAUUGCUGCUUGUUGCUAAGGACAGUGCAGGGGAGCAGUGGACAAGGCAGUGUUUUGUUGCGAAGGUCAGCGUUCAUGGCGGAGGGGACCAGAGACCAGGGGAGCAUCGGGAACUCAGAUCCAGAAGAGGACUCCCCCAACAUGACGGUCUACAGGAAGAUCGAAGACAUCAUUACCAGGAUUCAGGAUGAGAAGACCGGCGGUCUGGCCAUCCGCACCGUCAAGAGCUUCCUGUCCAGGAUCCCAAGUGUGGUGUCAGGAGCAGAUAUCGUUCAAUGGCUGAUGAAGAAUCUGUCCAUCGAGGAUGCCGUGGAGGCCGUGCACCUGGGCAGCCUGGUGGCCGCGCUGGGCUACAUGUUCCCCAUCUCUGACCAUGUCCUCACGCUGAAGGAUGACAGCACCUUGUACCGCUUUCAGGCUCCGUAUUUUUGGCCGUCUAACUGCUGGGAGCCUGAGAACACAGAUUAUGCUAUAUACUUGUGUAAACGCACCAUGCAGAAUAAAGCCAGACUGGAGCUAGCAGACUACGAGGCUGAGAACCUGGCCAGACUUCAGAGAGCCUUUGCCAGGAAGUGGGAGUUCAUCUUCCUGCAAGCAGAAGCACAAGUCAAGAUUGACAGGAAGAAGGAUAAAGCAGAACGGAAGAUUCUGGACAGUCAGGAGAGGGCGUUCUGGGACGUCCAUCGACCUGUGCCAGGCUGUGUUAACACCACAGAAAUGGACAUCCGCAAGUGCCGUCGAGAGAGGAAUCCACAGAGAGUCAAAAAGUCGGUGUACGGAGUGACGGACGAGGGCCAGACUCACAGCCCCGUCCACUUCCCCUUCCAGCCGGCCAGGAAGCUCACCAAAGGCGACAUGGAGAAGGAGAUCACCUUCCUCAACACCCAGCUGGACAGACACUGCAUGAAGAUGUCCAAGGUGGCAGACAGCCUCAUGAGCUACACGGAGCAGUUUGCAGAGUACGAUGCCUUCGUGUCGUUGCCGGAGCCGUCCAACCCCUGGAUCAGCGACGAUGCUGCCUUCUGGGACCUGGAGGCCAGCCGGGAUCCCAACCAGCGCCGAGUGAAGAGGUGGGGAUUCUCUCUGGACGAGGCCCUGAAGGAUCCGGCCGGGAGAGGCCAGUUCCUCCGCUUCCUGGAGUCGGAGUUCAGCUCGGAGAACCUCAAGUUCUGGCUGGCGGUGCAGGAGCUGAAGCGGAGGCCGCUGCAGGAGGUGGCAGGGCGGGCGCAGGAGAUCUGGAGAGAGUUCCUGGAGGAGGGAGCGCCCAACUCUAUCAACCUGGACUCCCGGAGCUACGAGCUCACCAGCCACAACCUCAGAGACCCUGGCCGCUACAGCUUUGAGGAUGCUCAGGAGCACAUCUUCAAGCUGAUGAAAAGCGACAGCUACGCCCGCUUCCUGAGAUCCAGCAUCUACCAGGACCUGCUGCUGGGCCGGAGGAAGACACAGCCAGAGAGCGAGCAGGGCCGUCGCACCUCCCUGGAGAAGUUCACCCGCAGCGUGGGCAAGUCUCUGACGGGCAAGCGCCUGACGGGCCUGAUGCAGUCGUCCUGACACAGCGGGGGGCCCAGACUGCCAUGCCCGAAGGGGGGACCACCACGCUGGGACCAGGCCAGGGACCAGCCUGGGGCCGGGGCUGGGGUUAAGGCCAGGAACGAGGCAAGGAUGAGGGUUAGGGGCAGGGCCGAGGCCA